AUGGCGGCGGAGGAGCUGAGCAGUGUCGCUCUGAUCGAGCGGGAUCGGAAUGGGGACUCGUUCUGGGUUUGGUGUUUUCCGUCGGUCUCGGUGGAGCUCCGGCAGCUUCUUCUCAGGAAAUGUCGCCUGCAGGAGGCGGAGCUUCCUCUCUACAACUUCCUGUACGGCCAACACCGGAGGACCUGGUACUACAUCACCCCCACCCGGGUGGAGGCCGGCUCUGCUCUGGACAAGGUCACACAUUUCUGUCUGGUUCUGACAGCGAGGGACUUUCACCCGGAGAAGUACGCGGCGCUCGGGCGGAUCCUCAGCCGACUCUAUGAGGAGGCCGGCAGUCCGGUGCCGGUGGUGGAGACUUUCCUGUCGGUGGUCACCAAGGGGACCUGUCAGAGCCAAGACAACGGGACCUUCCUGAGCCGCCACCACGACCAGCGCCAAGCCUUCAUGGCCGGAUCCAUCAAAGAUGUGGUCUUGCAGUUUGGGAUGGAGUCGGUCAUUCUGUAUUCGGCUCUGAUGCUGAAGAAGAGGAUUGUCGUGUAUCACCCCAAGGUGGAGGCCGUGCUGGAGUUUAGCAGGUCUCUCCCGGCUCUGGUUUGGCAUCGGCAGGAUUGGUCAAUUCUCCAUCCGUACGUCCACCUCAUUCCCGAGGAGGUUGAUGCCCUGAAAUCCACCUCAGGGUACAUUGCGGGAUUUCAGGAGGCCGAGGUCGGGAAUCGCUCAGAUCUGUACGAUGUCUUUGUGAAUUUGGCCGAGAAUUCCGUCUCCAUCUCUCCCGGCGCUAAAGAGGCGCUGACGUUGGGGAAACUACACAAGGAGGUCGGGCAGUUGAUGGUGCAAUCGGCGGAAGAUCCGGAUAAAUCGGAGAGCCAGGUGAUCAAGGAUAUCUGCGUGAAGAGCGGGGAGAUCCUCUCCAUAUUGUCCUCGCUCAGCCAGGAGACCGGAGAGCGCGACAAGCCAACGGUAAACCUGGAGCAGCUCCGGCAGAAGAAGUUCCCUCCGGCCACAGAGAACUUCCUGAUGCACCUGGCAGCCGCCGAGCAGAUGUUACUAACGUGAUGCGGGGGACGGACAUGACCGAGUGCGACACGGGACCAGCAGCCAUCUUGUGCUCGCCGAAUCUGCUACAGCCC